UUGAGAUGAUUAGGAGAGAUUUACUCACUGGUCACUGGAAACCUUAUCUUGAACGUGCAAUUAGUUUGAAACCAUGCUAUGAGGGAGGCAUUAAUGGAGGCGAGGUGGCAGCUCACAUUUUGCAGGAGAUAGCUUGUGGUAAAAACUAUGCUUCAGAUAAGUUCAGUGGAGCAAGGAGAUUAAGAGAUGCCAAUGUCCUUGGUUAUCAAUUACAAAGGGUCCCAGGACGAGCUUUUUCCAGAUGCACUGAUGAUUUUGAGAUUCUACAUGGAGAUCUUCAAGGUCUUCCAGAUACAAAGAGUUUCUCAAAGAGGUUAGCAGAGCUAGAUACUGCACAUGAGUCUGAGUAGAAGACUACUUGUAAGCUAGAUACUGCAUGCAAGUUAACAUUUAACUUGGCCUAUAGCUGGUUGUUUUUUUUCCUUUAAUACGAACAAGAACAGUCAUUUGAAUUCUCAUAUGAUAUGGUAUUUGAAACCUUUAUCUUCGGCAUUGAAAUGGAAUGUUUUAUACCUCAAAAGGAUGAAGAUCUGGUAUCUUCUCCUCACC